AGUAUUCGAUAAUCUCCACACUCAACUACAGAGCAAAGUCGAAAAUACUUAUCAACUCUAAUUCAAAGAGAUCUUAGUUUUGAUAUAUAUAUUUGGAAUGGCGAGAAUGAUGGGACCUUUGGAAGUUGUACCGGCGAUUCAUGUUUUUCCGGUGAGGGCCUCAGCUUCGCCUUCUUUGGGGACUAUAUACGAGGAAAAAGAUGAGAUCGAGACUCGAGAGUUGUAGAUUUUGUAAUUUUGUUGUCUAUUCCAUUUUUGUGAAAUUCACACUCACCAAUGUAUCUUGAUAAUAUGUUUGGAUGUUUCCAGAGUUCAAACUCCUUUUUGACUGACAUUACAUAGUCAUAAAAUAAAGAUUUAAGAUCAUCUAAAAAUUGUCAAGAUGAUAUAAAGAUCACCUUUUACGUUAUAUGAACUUUGUAUAUAGUCUCAUCACCUGGGGUUUAAUUAAGAGAUCAUCAUACCUAAAUUUCAUAA